AUGGUGGUGCUGAGAAGUGAGACGUCAAAAUUAUUGAGAUGUGCAAAGGAUAUUCCUCCAAGAGAGACGGAGAAUAAGGUGCAAAGUACGAAGUCGCAGUGUUGUGGAUGCCAGUUCCAGCUUAUAGCCGAAAUGCGAGGUGAUGGUACUUCAUUUAGCAUUUGUAUUGUACUAGGUCCUAAGGGUACACAUAACCACCCGUUUGAUACAUUUAGGGAGGGACAGAGGCAGAUAAGCGGGAUGAGCGAUAAAGCGAAGGAGAUUGUUAGGGAAAUGUUGAGGUUUCGAGGAAAACCGGCUGCAAUGGUGAAGCGAAUUAAUGUUGAAUGCCCUGAUGACUACGUUGUCCCCAAACAGUAUACAACUAAAAGAGUAGAUCAUGAUUCGGGUGUGUUGAGUGAUAUUUUCUUGGUACAUCCAGUAUCUGUACAGAUGCUCAGAGUCUACAGAUGGUACAUUGUUGCAAAAUUUGAUUGGGUGGGAGGUGCAUCCUACUGCCAUAAUAACAUACCUAAAGUUGGGACUGGUAGGCCCAAUCAAGAGAUACUUCUAGCUCCUACUCAGUAUGAACAUGCAAUGGCUGUGUCAGGGAUGAAGGCGUACAUGCACUCAAAUGCUGAAAGUUAUGGAAAGUUGGUGAAAUGUGUCGAGGACACUUGGGAGUUUGCUCGCAUGCAUGAACUAGGCGAAGAUGUUUACCAGAGUUGUGGUUGUGUGUUGGAAAAGACUCAUGGAAUCCCUUUUGCAUUCGAGCAUAGACGGAUAGUUGAUGAGCGGUUGCCCCUUGAAGUAGCCGACAUCCACUUUUUUUGGAGCAUACUAGAUUACAGGAGAAAUGUGCCUGAUUCGGCUCCUGAUGAUGAUGAUGUUGAUAUUGCUGAUGAUGAAACAGACGAACAAAAGAUUUUUUUAGGUCUUGCGGAUGUGGCAUAUAACAAGGAACUUGUUGUUUUGAGGCGCAUCAAUGCGUUCCUGCAACAUGUAAAUGACUCUAAGCAUAUGAGCUAUGAGCAACCAAAGGUGAAGACGAGAGUGAAAGGUCGUCCGAAACUUAAGAAGCGAAUACCUUAUCUUUGGGAGAAGCGUGACACAAGAGGUUGGAGGACGGAUAUUGUUUCCUAUGAAAGUGCUAAGGACAUUCCGUAUUUUAUGCUUCCCUACAUUCAGAGAUACCUUAAUGUGGAGCCAGAUGGGAAUUGUGGGUUCCGUUGUGUGGCAGAAUAUGUCUGUGACACGCAAGAGGAAUGGCCGUGGGUCCGAGCAGUGAUUGUUAGUGAUCUUCUUACAUUGCCUGAUUUGUAG